CGUCCGGAAAGGGGGGGUUUGAGUUGCAGCAGACGGUCGGUCUGUGUUGGAACAGUGGAAGUCGGCAGCUCUAUGCCUCGCUAUUCACCAUUAAUGCACUCAUCAAGAUAGCAGCAAGAAAAGGGGAAACGUCAAAAUCUUGCUUUGGAAACAAGGCUUGCUGUAGCUCUACCACAGGCCCAUACCAUACUACUCUAAUUUCUCAAUGAAGAACAAUGUCCCACGGUCUCAUAGCCUAGGCCUAACUCUGCCAUCAGUCUGUCCCUGACUGUGUUCUCUGUUGAGGUGGUUUCAGUGAGUGUUUGGACAUAGUGACGGUGUGUGUGUGACAGAUACCAGCGAUGGCUGCCAGUAAGAGUAAGACCCAGAGUUCUCUGGCCUUGCACAAGGUCAUCAUGGUGGGGAGUGGUGGUGUGGGCAAGUCCGCCCUCACACUGCAGUUCAUGUAUGACGAGUUUGUGGAGGACUAUGAGCCCACCAAGGCAGACAGCUACAGGAAGAAGGUGGUGCUAGACGGAGAGGAGGUCCAGAUCGACAUCCUCGACACGGCUGGACAGGAGGACUAUGCUGCCAUCAGAGACAACUACUUCAGGAGCGGAGAGGGCUUUCUGCUAGUCUUCUCCAUCACAGAACACGAGUCCUUCACAGCUACUGCAGAGUUCAGGGAGCAGAUACUGCGGGUGAAGGCGGAGGAGGAUAAGAUUCCUCUGUUGGUUGUGGGGAACAAGUCUGACUUGGAGGACCGCAGACAGGUCUCUGUAGACGAGGCCCGAGCCAAGGCAGAGGAGUGGGGGGUGCAGUAUGUAGAGACAUCAGCCAAGACACGAGCCAACGUCGACAAGGUAUUCUUUGACCUGAUGCGGGAGGUGCGAGGCAAGAAAAUGUCGGAAAACAAGGACAAAAACGGCAAGGGAAAGAACAAGAAUAAGAACAAGAAGAGCUUCAAAGAGCGAUGCUGUUUACUCUGAACCCAACAUGGACCUUUACAACACAAAACGCCACAAUCUAUCGUUACGCUGAGGAACCAACCAGCUCAGAAUCACAUCAGAGCAUCCAUCCUCACGUUGAGUCAAAAGUUUUAGAUUAGUUUUUAAUCUGGCCAUAGUAGUGUUGUUUAGCAGGUAUGGGGUCAGUUCCAUUUCAACUCUGUCAAUUCCGGAAGUAAACUAAAAUUACAGUUCCAAUUUUGCUCAUUGCUUUUCUAGAAGUGAAAUGGAAUUGAACCCAACCCAGGUGUUUACCACAUUCUCAACCACUGUUUUUGCAUCUAAAACUUAAGGUUAGAUAGAUAGCUUGACUGUUUAUUGUUUUUAAAGGAAGGUGACCAUUGUUCUUCUACUCUGUGACUUGAACUGCAACGCCUGAUAACAACCCAAUGACCAAACUGCCUCCAACACUAACUUCAGUCUGCUUGGAUCUUGUUCUGUCUAUCUCAAUAGAUCUGUCCUUUAUGAUCAACUUAUGAUUAUACCAUUUAUUUUAAUCAAGAAUGGGACUUGGGACAUUUUUGUCUAGAAUGGGAAUGGAUCUGUGAAUGGGGAUUGUUUCAGUCAAGCACAGAAAUGUAGCGUAACUCAUUUAAAUGCUUUUCACUGAUGUCUAUGUGGUCAUGGAUAUCAACACUAAGCUGUGUUUCUUAUUGAAAAAAAUAAUAUUUUCUAGUUAGAAUUGGGAACUAAGACUGAACUUGUCAUUGUUUCCUCUACAAUAGGAUAAAGCAAUUGUCAAUCAAGAAGGCUCAUUGCCUAAGGAUUCAAAGCACGUGAUAUUAUUAGGGCCAGGAGUUUCUCCGGGUCAGUUUACAUUAUCAGGAAAAACUCCUGGCCCUAGUCUAAGAUGGAUGUUGAGGUGUGAAGUUGUAAGAGUUUACUAACCAGAGGUCCUGUGGCAGUUAGCAGGUAGUGUUUCUGGAGCCACCUACUGGCACUUAUUGGGCACUUCCUGGUAAAUACAGGAACUGAAAUGGAGCUUCUGCCACAUCUGUUAGUCCAUGCAAUAUGGGUCAGUUGGCACCAUAAGAGGAGAGUGAGAUUUAAGUACACUCUGUGUUGCCAUUAACUAUCAGCCAGUCACCUUCAGCUUUGGGUUAUUCAUAUUUAUACUUGUUAUGGAUUGUAUUCUAAUGCGUUUGUAGAAAGUGCACUACAUUGUUGCCAAUACCUUAAAAAAUAAGAACUCUUCAAACUUCCCAUGCUGGAGAAUGCUAAAGCGGUUUCUGCCAACACCAUUAAGAAUAUCAUGAUAUAGGCUACCAACUCACUACCAAAUCACCCCUCUCUAUAUAAAUAAUGUUUGUUUAUUAACUGAGUGUAUGAAUGUAUGUAUGUAUGUGCUUCAGACAACAGUUGAUACUUCUGGAUCAUUUGUGUCUGUGUGAAAUAACUUGGGUCAUGUUCAUUAGGCACCAAAUGGAACAAAACGGACUGGCACAGGGAGGGACUACCUGGACAUGUCCAAUAGGAAAUUGUCAUUUUCGUUUUCAGCUAUAAACAUUUAAAAACGUAUUGUGCCCUAAUGAACGCUACUCUGGUGAUUGUUGGAUCAGUCACUCUGUUCUGCCCUACAACAGUAAAGUAACAUUUCCAACAACCACUGUCCUAAUCAUUCUGCGCUUUUAUAACAACGUGUGACACUACUGUUUUCUUUUAAAGCUAGUCUAUUGUUGCUAGGUUUUUCACCUUAUUUUCUGAACAAAAAAUACUUCAAAAUAUGUUGCCAAAUAAAUGCUUUUUUUCUUUGUAAA